AUCCAAAAAAAAAAAAAAAAGAGCAUCACCAAAUCAUCAUUUCUUUCUUCAAUUUCUUUCAAGGAGAGAUCAAAACGGAGAGAGAUGGGUAAGGGAAUUUUGGAGGUGAAAUUGGUCGACGCCAAAGGAUUACUAAACACCGAAGCGAUUGUUUCUGGUUUGGUUUCAGGGAAGAUGGAUCCUUACGUUGUCAUUCAGUACAGGAAUCAGGAGAAGACCAGCAGCGUCGCUAGAGGGCAAGGCACAAAUCCUACAUGGAACGAGACAUUUAAGUUUCUGGUGCAGUACUCCGGAGACAACAGCCAGCACAAGCUCAUCCUCAGAAUCAUGGACCAAGACACCUUCACGGCCGAUGAUUUUGUCGGCCAGGCAACGAUCAAUGUGGCAGAUGUGAUCUUAUUGGGAAUGGAGAAUGGGAAAGGCGAGCUGCAUACUUGCAAGCACAGAGUAGUCCUCGCCGAUCAGACUUACUGUGGAGAGAUUCGAGUUGGUGUCACUUUUACUCCAAAGGUUGAUGAAGAUACAAGCGAAGAGCUUGGAGGUUGGAGAGAUAGCUUCCAUUAUUAGGAUUCAAUUUGUCAUUAUUAGGAUUCAAUUUGUGACAAUAUUUUAUUUGAGAGAGAGAUUAUUGAGUUGAUCAAU